AUGCCCAGCAUCUCUCACCUGUCUCAAUGGCAGGUCUGGCCUGCCAUCUGGCUCUUAGUAUCUUCCUUCUCUAGCCGUGUUAGCUCACUUCUCCGCUUGUCGAUCCAGCCAGUCGCAACAGCACCUAAUGAUGAAGUACUCUCUCUCGAUCUCGAGGAAAAUGACUUCCUGUAUCGGAUAAGGAAAAACUCACGGAUUGUUUACGUCUCGAUCCUUGACGGAGGUCUCCUCCCCCCUGAUUCCAGAACAGACAGCGGCCGGGUUCUUUCGAAGUUGCGACAUCUCCCGAGGUGGGAGGAGGAGUGGAGGACACUCACUGUCCGGAGGGGUGCUCACGGUGUCCAGAGCACUCUGGACGAAUUCUCACCGCACGGGCUGGACGCCGGCCAGCUUCAUAUUCCUGGUGCCAUUUUCCUCAACCUCCUGGACCUGAAAACGGUCUCUCGGAUCAGCGAUCGCAUUUCCCGUGUCAAGUACAAUGGUGAUACGUGGAUUUUGAAAAUCGCCCAAUUCAGACAUGAGAUCUCGGCCUUGCGUCGAGAGGUUUCGGUAUAUUCUACGCUUACAUCAAAUGCGUUUCCUCUGGCUCCAAAAUUCAUUGGGUUCGCCUAUGAGGAAACGAAAGAUCGAGUAGUUGGCUUUCUAAUGGAGGAUAUUUCAGGGCACCACCCGGAUAUACAUGAUCUCAAAGAUUGCAUGGAAACCGUACAUCGGCUGCAUACAUUUGGAAUCGUGCACGGAGACCUCAAUAGGCACAAUUUCUUGAUCACGGAGCACGGCGCCAAAAUUUUCGAUUUCGAGGUUUCCGUUGUUGAGGGAAACGUGGACCCGGCAGCAGCUGAGGAGGAACUGAAUUCACUUGCAAUCGGGCUGGAAGAUGAAUCAGGAAUCGGCAAACGUUAG